GAGCACAAAACUGUUAUUAUGUACUUAAAAGUGCGGUCAAUAAGAUUAGACCAUUGAUCUUCAUUUGGAAAGGUAGCUUGCAAGUCACAUGCCAUAUGCUGAUAUAUACCAUAUCCUAGCUGGCUAGCCUACCCAACUUAAAAUCUUCAUUGGCCAUCUACUAAACGUAUAUAUACAUACAAAAUUCUAUAUGCUGCAGAUAAUGAAUGGAAAGUUCGUUCACUUUUAUGAUCAAAGUAACCACUCACUUUCCACCCCCAUCCUUCAAUUUGAAAAACAAGUAGAUUCUUGACUUUAAGGUGGAGCUACACUUUGCUGGACCAAACCAAUUCUGCCCCCCAGUCUACCAUUCCAUAUAAGCUGCUUGAAACAUAAAUAUGCAGCUGAAGCAAAGACAAAAAACUUCCAACAUUUUCAACAAUGACGAGUCUCUGCAUUCUGCUCCUCUUGGCCCUCUCCGGCGCCAUGGCCAUGGCUGCCUCUCCCUCCAUCGUCAAGUUUCUGCCCGGCUUCGAUGGGGAGCUUCCCUUCAAGCUAGAGACAGGGUACAUUGGCGUGGGCGAGAUCGAUGAGGUGCAGCUGUUUUACUAUUUCGUCGAGUCUCAGGGGGAUCCCUCUAACGACCCUCUCAUUCUAUGGCUCACUGGUGGCCCUGGCUGUUCCGGUUUCUCUGCACUUGUUUAUGAAAUCGGUCCACUUUUGUUCAAAGUUCAGUCCUGGAAACCUGGGACAUUACCUUCUCUUAGGGCAAGCAAAAACUCAUGGACAAAGGUCGCCAACAUUAUAUUCAUAGAUCAGCCGGUGGGAACUGGAUUUUCCUAUGGCACAACAGCUGCUGCUUACAACAGCUCCGACACCGUAGCCGCGGCACAAGUCUACAAAUUUCUCAGAAAGUGGUUGAUGUACCAUCCAAAGUUUGGAGCAAACCCUCUCUACGUUGGUGGUGAUUUGUAUUCAGGCAUCACUGUUCCUCUCCUCGUUCAAACAAUACUAGAUGGCAUUGGUUCUGGCUCCCUCCCAAGGAUGCAACUCAAGGGAUACUUGCUAGGAAACCCGUUAACAGAUGAUUUCAUCGAUGCAAACUCAAAGAUUCCUUAUGCUUUUCGAGUUAAUCUGCUAUCGGAUCAACUUUAUGAGGAUGCGGAAUUGAAUUGCAACGGAGACUUCGUGAACGUAGACUUCAACAAUACUAAUUGCGUGGCAGUGCUUCAGGGAAUCAAAGAGAACCUGCAACUGAUAAACGAAGCACAGAUUUUGGAACCUGUAUGUGCUCUAGCAAAGCCGAAAGGAGAGGGGAUCCAAUGGGGGGCUGAAGAAGCUGAGUUCACGGACUCCCUCAUUUUACAAGAUAUCAUUCCUGAAUUAACUUGUCGAAGUUCCAGUUGGAUGCUGUCCUACAUAUACAUGAACGACGAAGGGGUUCAAAUGGCUCUUGGAGUCAAAGAGGGCACUAUGAACAGUACUUGGAGGCGAUGCGCGAAAAGCCUACCAUUUUACGAAGAAGACGUGUCGAGCACAGUUGCUUACCAUAAAAAUUUCACUAGGACAGCUCUGAGAGCUCUAAUCUACAGUGGUGAUCAAGCCCUGUCCAUUCCAUACCUUGGUACCUUGGAGUGGAUUAACUCUCUCGGAGUCCCCAUUUUUGACACAUGGCGUCCAUGGUUUGUGGAUGGCCAAGUUGCUGGGUACACACAGAAGUACGAGAAGAAUAGCUAUUCUUUGACCUUUGCAACCGUUAAGGGAGCUGGAGAAACUGCACCGGAAUACAAACGAAAAGAGGCUCUAGCCAUGGUUAAUCGAUGGUUUGCAGGCUAUCCCGUGUAAUUUGAGGAGAGUUGUUUUGUCUUGAAAUUAUUAUUAUGAAGCAUAAUUUAAUUUGGUUGAGACAUUAAUGUGUGUGAAAGAGAGAGAGAGAGAGAAGAAAGAGAGAGAGAGAGCUAGUAAUUGUUAUCUGUAGAUGAAAUAAUAGGGGGACCUGGCCGGGCCUGUAGAUGUAUGUAUGUUUGCAGGCAGCAGUAACUUUGAAGUUUGAGGUGCUAGCUAGUUAGUACUAGUAGGCUAGUAGCUAGCUAUUUAUCACAUUAAUUGAUGUUGUACUACUGCUACUAGUGCUGCUCUUCCUUCCACAAAUGAAUGAAUGAAUCCAUCAAUCAA